AUGCCUACUCGUAAACGGAAGUCAGCGGCCAGGAAGCAGUCGCCGAGCAUUAGUAGUGUUCACCUCGAGACUGAAGCUCCAAAUGGCAAUGCGAUCAAAUUCUGCGAUGUCCUAGACGCAUUGUCACCCUUUACGGGUGAUGGUCAUUGUUCAGUGGCGAAGUGGCUCAACGACUUCGAGGAAAUGGCGUUGUUGUGUGCUUGGUCAGAACUACACAAGUUUAUUUACUGUAAACGCUUGCUCUCAGGAACGGCGCAGGCUUUUGUUAGGUCAGAGGAUGGUUUGAGCUCAUGGACAGUGUUACGCGCUCGGUUACUUAGUGAAUUUCGUAGUCGGCUAACAUCAGCAGAUGUCCACCGAUUGCUCUCCACCGAUUUUAAGCAGAAGGACGAAACGUUGUUGCAAUACCUGUAUCGAAUGCGCGAACUGGCGAUGCAAGGCGGUGUCCCUGAUGACGCGCUGAUGGACUACAUCAUUGGUGGAAUUCCAGAUGCAGUGGUUAACAAAAGUAUGCUUUAUGGUGCAACUUCCAUUCCCGAAUUCAAAAUUAAAUUGGAGCUGUAUGAGAGGAUGUGCGAAAGACGGAACGCCGAAUCCAAGUAUAAUAUGCCACCUGUCCCUGCACAUAAUGUCCCAGCGGAAGUAAGAUGUUACAAUUGUGGCGAUCGAGGACACCAGUCGCGAGAGUGUCCCGAUGCGGGUAAAGGACCCAAAUGCUUUGCCUGUCGAGGGUACGGGCAUAAGUCGUUUGCCUGUCCCACCAAGUCUGAUAACCAGCAUGCAGGUGCUACUAGUCGUUCGAAUAGACCCGCCGAUGUCUACCAGGUCAACGGUCACAAUACGGAUGAUAGGAUUGUAAAACCGGUGUAUAUCCUUGGCCAGGAGGCGUUGGCCCUGGUUGACACCGGAUGUGAUAUACAUCUAUGCCGAGAGUCGUUUUUUAAAAAGUUGAGUGGCAUACAUAGCAUCCCGAGCCGUACACAGUUGAAUGGACCAGCUAACGCGUACUUUCAUACGGAUCGUCGUUUCGAAUGUAACCUAACCGUGGAUGGAGAAAGCUACCAAGUUGAUGUGCAUUCUGUACCUGAUAGUGCCAUAGGGUAUGAUGUUAUUUUAGGUCGACCAUUAUUCCAGACUAACGCGGUACUAAGGGUAAGCCCUCAGUCUGUGACCAUUACCCAUGUCAAUACUGCCCAGCAGUUAAUGAACAUCAACACUAAUGUCAACGAGUUGGAUGUAGGCGUGAGAACUCAAUCGGUCGUAGUGCAGGAAUUGAUCGAUGCAUACCACCCAGUUCAAGGUGUUACUGCCCCAAUGAAAACGGUCAUUGUCCUGCAUGAUGAGACUCCAGUAUUCCAGCCACCCAGGAGAUUGGCGCCGCAAGAAAAGAUGGCAGUAGAUAAACAGAUCCAGGAAUGGUUAUCCGAAGGUAUCAUUCAACCCAGUUGCUCUGAGUAUGCCAGUCCCGUCGUGUUGGUCAAGAAGAAGGAUGACACACUUCGACUCUGUAUCGAUUUCCGUGAGUUAAAUAAAAAAAUUGUAAGGGACCGUUACCCGUUGCCAUUAAUUGACGACCAGAUUGACCGCCUACGAGGCGCGGUGGUUUUCUCGACACUAGAUCUGCGAAAUGGAUUUUUUCAUGUUCCAGUGGAUGAUGCUAGCAUCAAAUAUACCUCGUUUGUUGUACCUAACGGUCAGUAUGAGUUCCUACGCACACCAUUUGGACUAUGUAUAUCACCACCCAUGUUUCAGAGAUAUGUGAAUUUCAUUUUCCGUGACCUCAUCCGGCUUGGCCACCUGUUAGCCUACAUGGAUGACCUGAUUGUGGUAGCAGCGACUGUCGAGGAAGGUCUAGAGCGAUUAAGGAUUGUGUUAAAGGUUGCAGCCGAAAAUGGAUUAGACAUUAAGUGGUCCAAAUGCCAAUUUUUGAAGGAUUCUAUAGACUACUUGGGCUACCGUAUCCGACACAAUGAGGUGAGCCCAUCGGAAACGAAGACGAUCGCAGUGCAGAAGUUCCCACUACCAAGGACCGCCAAAGCCGUACAAAGCUUUUUAGGUCUCACCGGAUACUUCCGUAGGUUUAUACGCGGAUAUUCGCAAAUUGCAUUACCACUAAGCAAUUUGUUGAAACAAGGAGUGCUAUUUCAUAUGGGACCACAUCAGGAAGCAGCGGUGAAGAAUUUGAAGCAGUGUCUAUCAGCGGCGCCAGUACUUAAGAUCUACAGCCCCGAAGCUAGCCGCACCGAGUUGCACACAGAUGCCAGCCAGUUUGGAUUUGGAGCUGUGUUGCUGCAGGUCGACGAUAAUGAUGAUGAACGAUUGCAUCCGAUCUGUUAUAUGAGCAAGAAGACGUCCGAAGCUCAACAGAAGUUUCAUAGCUAUGAACUUGAGGUCCUAGCAAUAGUAGAGGCGUUAAAGAAGUUUCGUGUAUACCUACUGGUCUUAAGGUUUAAGAUAGUGACCGAUUGUGCUGCCUUUACCAGGACUCUAGAAAAAAAGGAACUGGCUACCAGAGUUGCCAGAUGGGCGUUACUGAUUACUGAAUACGACUACGUUAUCGAACAUAGGGCUGGCUCACGGAUGCCUCACGUUGAUUCUCUGAGCCGGUAUCCCAUGUGUAUGGCAAUUCACAGUGAAUUUCUAGCACGACUAAGAAUUGCCCAACAGGAAGAUUCCCGAAUACAACAGCUGACUAUCGAUGAUCAAACUUUCACAACAGUCGGAGGGCUGAUAUAUGAGAUUCACAAUGGCCAAAAUUUACUGGUUAUUCCAUGUAAGAUGCAAAAUGAAGUGAUAAGGGAUGCACACCACAUUGGUCAUUUUGGGAUAAUAAAGACUGAGGCCUUGAUACAACGUGACUAUUCCAUCACUGAUCUAAGGGAUAAAAUUGGCAAGAUAAUAAAUAAUUGUGUCACUUGUAUACUUGCUAAUCGGAAGCAAGGCAAAAAAGAAGGGUUCCUACACAGCAUAGACAAAGGAGACACCCCUUUGUCCAUGUGGCAUAUAGACUUCCUUGGUCCGCUGACACAAACACCUAAGGGAUACCGACACAUUCUGGCGGUAAUCGAUGGGUUCACCAAAUUCUGCUGGUUAUUUCCUACUAGAAGUGUCACCGCUAAAGAAGUCAUUGAUAAGUUGGCAGUGAUGGAAGCUACUUUUGGUAAUCCGGAGACACUAGUGUCGGAUAGAGGAACUGCAUUCACUUCAAAAGACUUUAGUAAUUAUUGCUCAGAACGGAAGAUCCGUCACAUCCUUAUAACUACAGGUGUACCAAGGGCUAAUGGACAAGUGGAAAGACUGAAUACUAUCAUUAUAAAUGUAUUAACCAAACUAAGUAUGACUGAGCCUGACCAGUGGUACCGUCAGGUGUCGAAAGUGCAGAUGGCACUGAAUGGGUCGUAUCAGCGCUCCAUAGGGAUGACUCCAUUCAAAUUAGUUUUUGGAGUAGAGAUGAAUCACCCAGAGUACCAGUCAAUAAAAGAGGCAGUGCAGAUUGAAUAUGUUAGGUGUCAUGAGGAAGGUCAGGAAGAAAACAGACAGUUCGCAAAGAAACAGAUACAGAAGGCGCAGAUUCAGCAGCAACGUGCGUUUAACAAGUUCAGAAAGGAAGCUGUCAGUUACCGACUAGGGGAUCUAGUUGCUAUCAAGAGGACACAGUUCUUACCAAAUUCAAAGCUAUGCAGAAAGUUUUUGGGACCUUAUCGAAUAAUAGGACGCGAAGGUAACGAACGGUACAAGGUGCUAAGAAUCGGCAUACAUGAGGGACCUGAGCGAAGCUUUUCCUGCGCUGAGUAUAUGAAGCCAUGGCGUUCCAUCGACCAGGAUCAAGCUGAGGAGUCCGAUGAGGAAGACACAGCUUCCGAGACGGACGCUGUUCAAGGUGGGAGAAUGUGGGAUGGUAACACUGUUGGUGUUCAGGCCGAGUCAAGGCAGUGUGAUGACCCGUCUGGAGAGGGCAGUGAUGUCGAGACGCCCGACGAGUGA